AUGGUUCUCGACGACGCUUCCCCGCAAGCAGGCGGGUUCUCCAACAACAAUGCCUCGGACGAACCUUCGACCGUCGUAUACGGAGCUCUCGGCCGGCCGCUGAAGAUCAAGCCAGAGCUUAUGACCCGGCCGGACUAUUUCACACUAUACUUUGGAUUCUUUGGCCAUCAGCUCUGGAAUAAGCGGGCAAUACUUAGCAUAUCCGAACGGGUGCGAAACACAUACGUAAUAUGUGGCAGAGACGCAACACAGGAAGAGGUGGACGCAUUUGUCCAGCACGGCACGCGCGAACUGUACCACGGGCGAAUCGGACUGCCGGUAUCCUUGUUUGCCGGGACGGCCUAUUUAUACAAUAGCGCGCGCAAGUCGCCAAUGUUCCCCGCGGAUCCGACACCUGCCAACCUGCUCGCCACAGUACGGAAUUUCGCCGCAUCUGACCGGACAGGCUUCAGGCAGGUUGCGUUUCGUGCGGGAUUCAAGCUGCUUUUCUGGGGCACGCUUGGCGCUAUCGUCUCGUCCACCUUCAGCACAUCCAACUAUAUUCGGAACAUACUUGGGGACCCGCGAUUGGAGAAUUUCAGGAGGGACAUGGCGCAGCAGAAGCCCGAGGAGAGGCGGAAGCGCAAUUAUGAGCUACAAAUGCAAAAGAUGCGCCGGCUUAGAGGAGAAGGAGGCGAAAGACAGUCCGCUGAGGAUACCGCGGGCGCCUAUGCCGAAAGCCAUGAUAACGAGCAAGACAGCUAUGGUUCUCCUGGCUCGCUGAAUCCUUCCUCCUCAUCUUCAUCGCCGUACAAUGCUUCCCCCACAGAGAACGACAUGACGUACAAUGCCACGGAGUUUAGCAAACAGUCCCGCUCGGCGGAUCAGCCGCGUUCUGUUCCAGACGCCUCCCGCCGGCCACGGAUGAACGGCAGCCCGACAGCAACACAGGGCAUGGGCAAUGAGUCCGGAUCCGGGGGCGACUACUUCUUCGGUGAUGACGACAAUAGCCCCACGGCUCCAGAGUACCGGGGCACCAAUCCCAAUGACACGGCCGGUGGCAGUGCUUGGGAUCGGAUCAGACGACAGAAUGCCUCCGGACCCCAGUAUCGGCAGGGGUCAUCGCAGCUCCCCUCGCAGCAGAACUUGGAAUCGGAGGGCGAUAAAUAUGAAAGUGAGCGCAACCGUGAGCGGGAGCAGGCUCAGGCUGAAUUCGAUCGGAUGAUGGACGCCGAGAGGAAUGCUCCCAGUGAUGGGCCGCGGCGAGGUCGGGGCUGGGGAUCAUAG